AUGUCCUCCGACAACUCGCCGGCGAAAAAGCAGGCCGACGACACCCAACAAGGAGGAGGAGGAGGAGGAGGAGGAGGAGGAGGAACAGGCAACAGCCGCAAAACGACGUCGUCCAAGGCCCCGCCGGAGCAAGCCCUCAAGUGUCCGAGAUGUGAUUCCCCUAACACAAAGUUCUGCUACUACAACAACUACAGCCUGACGCAGCCUCGACACUUCUGCAAGACCUGCAGGCGUUACUGGACCAAAGGGGGAGCGUUACGCAACGUCCCCAUCGGCGGUGGCUGCCGCAAAAACAAGAGAGUCAGGUCUUCUUCUUCCCGACUAUCCUGCAGCCUCGACUCUAAGGACUCCGGCGACUCGGCCUCUGACCACAUGGGUCUCAAGUUCUUUCACGGCAUUUCUCCAGCCAUGGAUUUCCAGCUCGGCGGCCUCUCCUUGCCUAGACUCAACCACCACCCUUCUUCUUCUUCAGCAGUUGUAACCGCUCUCUACAAUAACAACAACAACAGCCAGUUCUCUCCAUACGGCGACGUUUCGGUUACUUCUGGCCUGACGCUUGAUCCCUCAGGCGGUGCUACUGGGAAUAACUCCUUUAUGGGUUUUAACUAUCCUCUCACUUUAGGCAGUGGAAGCGGCGGCGGGGUUGGGUUUCAUCAGAACAACAUGAACACUGCCAUGAAUGUUCACAGCAGUCUUGCUUCUUCUAUUGAGUCCCUUAGCUCUAUCAACCAAGACCUUCACUGGAAAUUACAGCAGCAGAGGCUGUCCAUGUUGUUUGGUACUAGUAUAGCCGGAGAUAGUCAGACACAGCCGUCUCAGAAAGAUUUGCAGAUGAAUGAUCUCGAGAAAACUCAGACAGCAGCGCCUAUUUUGUUUCAGAAUCUGGAGAUUUCGAAACCGAAAGAGUCUGCCGGAGGAGGAGAUACGGCUGCGACGGAGUGGUUCUUUGGGAACUCUUAUGCACCGCCGCCGGUGACACCUACUCCGACCAACAGUGGCGGCAACGGAGGAGGAAACGAGAACAAUGCGGGUAACUGGAAUAGUCAUGGAGUUGUUCAAGCAUGGGGUGAUUUGCAGCAAUACAAUGCCUUGCCCUAG